CCCUUUUCAAGAUGGCGGCGAGAGAAACGUGAAAGUGUGUACGUACGUCUGCUACGUAAGAGUCUACUUAUUGAAGCUUUUGGUUUGAAGGACUGCAUACUGGAUACGAUUUCCGGUUAUCAUGUGAUUAUAUCUUUGCUGUGCUCAGUUCGUCAGCGGGGCAGCAACUUAAAAAAACCGUCAAGAGGAAGCAUUUGUUUUUGUUUUGUCCCCUGCGUUCGAUAAUUACAUUAAAGGCUUCAAAUUUGCGAAAAUGUUUCAGUGAUACUACGUUUUUGAUACAUUAUUAUAACAACAAUGUCGGGAAACGGCCUAGUUUUACCCAUAGUGCUGUGGGGCCGCACAGCUCCCACACACUGCAUCAGCACUGUACUGGUGAUGGACGACUUCAGCACCAUCAUCACAGGCUGCCAUGACGGACAGAUCUGCCUGUGGGACAUGACGCCAGAGCUGGAGAUUUGUCCCAGGGCCAUGUUGUUUGGACACACAGCCUCCAUUACCUGUCUAUCCAAAGCCAGUGCCUGCAGUGAUAAACAGUUCAUUGUCAGUGCAGCAGAGAGCGGGGAGAUGUGUUUAUGGGAUGUUAAUGAUGGACGCUGUAUUGAGUUUACAAAACUGGCCUGUGCUCACACCGGAAUACAGUUUUACCAGUUCACCGUUAGUACUGAGAGAGAAGGACGUCUCCUCUGUAACGGUCACUACCCAGAAAUCCUGGUGGUGGAUGCGACCAGCCUGGAGGUCCUGUACUCACUGGUAUCUAAGAUCUCACCGGACUGGAUCAGUUCCAUGAGCAUCAUCAGGUCCCAUCGUACACAGGAGGACACAGUGGUGGCCGUGUCAGUAACAGGGAUUCUAAAGGUCUGGAUCAUCACAGCUGAGGUCAGCAAGAUGCAGGACAUGGACCCAGUGUUUGAAGAAGAGUCCAAACCCAUCUACUGUCAGGGCUGUCAGAGCAUUUCCUUCUGCACCUUCACUCAGAGCAGUCUGCUGGUUGUCUGCUCCAAGUACUGGAGGGUUUUUGACGCGGGUGACUACUCGCUGCUCUGCUCGAUGCCUAGUGACGGUGACCAGAUUUGGGCUGGAGGAGAGUUCAUCGCUGCGGACAAAGUCAUCAUCUGGACUGAGGACGGACACAGCUACAUCUACAAACUGCCUGCCAGUUGUCUACAUGCCAGCGAACACUUCCGCAGUGAUGUCGGUAAAACCAGCGAUGGCUCGGUCCCGCCUCUCCUCUGCAGCAUCGCCAACCGUGCAGACAAAGAGCUGCUUAUCUGUCCUCCUGUGACUCGCUUCUUCUUUGGCCGACGGGAGCCGUUCCAUAAGCUCCUGAUCCAGGGAGACUCAGCAGGUCGACUCUCUCUGUGGAGCAUCCCCGAAACAUCUUCAAAACUGCCGCCCACCACCCCAGCUGAGCUGCAGGUCUCCUCCACGGUCAAUCUCCAGGAGGCGUUUGACAAACUGACCCCGGUGUCUGCGGGGAUCAUCGACCAGCUCAGUGUCCUGCCUGGCAAAGAAGAACCGAUCAAGGUCACAUCCAGCGUCUACAUCCCCUCUCAGGGCCGACUUGUGUGCGGGAGAGAAGACGGCAGCAUCAUCCUGGUUCCUGCCACUCAGACAGCCAUCGUUCAGCUGCUGCAGGGAGAACACAUGCUGCGCAGAGGUUGGCCUCCUCAUCGCACAUUGCGUGGUCAUCGGAGCAAGGUGACAUGUGUCCUGUAUCCGUACCAGAUCUCCCCCCGGUAUGACCAGCGCUCCCUGGUGUCUGGAGGAGUAGACUUCUCUGUUAUUGUCUGGGACAUUUUCACUGGAGAGAUGAAGCACAUCUUCUGUGUCCAUGGAGGGGAGAUCACUCAGCUCAUCAUCCCACCUGAAAACUGCAGCACUCGUGUCCAGCACUGCGUCUGCUCCGUGGCCAGUGAUCACUCUGUCGGUCUGCUGAGUCUCAGGGAGAGAAAGUGCAUCAUGCUGGCGUCCAGACACCUCUUCCCCAUCCAGGUCAUCAAGUGGCGUCCGGCAGACGACUACCUGGUUGUGGGAUGUUCUGACGGCUCCGUCUACGUCUGGCAGAUGGACACAGGUGCUCUGGACCGCUGUGUGAUGGGCAUAACAGCCGUGGAGAUCCUGAACGCCUGUGAUGAGCUGGCCCCGGCCACUGUGGACGCUCUGAGCCACUCCGCUGUGAACCUGAAGCAGGCCAUGACCCGUCGCAGCUUGGCGGCGCUAAAGAACAUGGCUCAGCACAAACUGCAAACGCUCGCGACCAACCUGCUCGCUGCAGACAACGCUGACAAGGGUAACCUGCCCAAAUACUCCCAUAAUGCACUGGUGGUCCAGGCCAUGAAGACCAACCUGACAGACCCGGACAUGCACGUACUGUUCUUCGAUGUUGAGGCCGUGAUCAUCCAGCUUCUAACUGAAGAAGCCCAGAGACCAAACCCAACACUGGUGUCUCCAGAGUCACUACAGAAGAGUCAGGCUGGUGCCGACAAAGGAGGCUCCUUCCUGGCCAACAAAAUCUUCAAACAGGUGAAGGAAACCAUGAAGGAGACCAUCAAGGAACACCUGCUAGAUGAAGAUGAGGAGGAGGAGGAAGAGAUGAGGAGGCGCGAGGAGAAGUCCAAGUCCCUCAGUCUGCUGGAGUACAACUUGACCAUGGACACAGCCAAGCUCUUCAUGUCCUGCCUUCACGCCUGGGGCCUGAACGAGCAGCUGGACGGCAUCUGUCUGGACAGACUGGGCAUGCUCAGACCACACUGUCCCAUCUCCUUUGGCCUCAUCUCCAGAGGAGGUCACAUGUCCCUCAUGCUGCCCACCUUCAAGGAGUCUUUGCUGCAACAGUUGUCCCUGGCCACAGGUCGGAAGCUCACCCUGUCAGACAUUGUGGGAAAAGGAACGUACGGAGUGUCCAGGGCUGUCACCACUCAGCACCUGCUGUCUGUCAUUUCACUGGCCAACACUCUGAUGGGAAUGACCAACGCCACCUUUGUGGGAGAGCACAUGAAGAAAGCCCCGGCCAGGCCUCCCAGACCAGGAGGAACCCCGGAGUCUCCUCGCAGGACGCCGGCCGUCCCCCCUCAGCCCUCCUGCCCGGCGCUACAGGCCCAGAUCAAACAAGGUUGGAGUCAGUUGGCAGCCAUGCAUUGUGUGAUGCUUCCUGACCUUCUGGGCCUGGACAAGUACAGACCACCUCUACUGGAGAUGUUGGCCCGGAGAUGGCAGGACCGCUGUUUGGAGGUGCGAGAAGCUGCACAGGCCCUUCUGUUGGCGGAGCUAAGAAGGAUCGGCCAAUGUGGACGCAAGGAAACCAUCGACAUGUGGGCGCCUUACCUCCCUCAGUAUGUGGACACGGUCAGCUCUCGUAAGUGUCUCACCGUGUGUAGACCUAAGAUUUAAAUCUACUGCUUCCUGACACUUCGCGCUUUCUGUCUUAAGCCGAUAUUUUCUCUGCGGCCUUCUGUAUGGGAGAGUGAGUAGUUGAUGAAGUUGUGCAAACUUCCAUUUCCAGUCCAAAGAAACAGUGUAACGAAAACUUAGGCGAGUGUAAACAAUGUCGUUCGGUUGUACACUUUACCUGAUGGAGGAUCCAUUGUUGGUCAGUCUCUUGUUAAGAGACUGAAAUCAGUUUUUUAGAGACAGAAGGACCGAAGCAGUUCAAGCAUGUUAGAUGACGUUUUAAGUUAACUUGUUAUUUCUCAGUACAAAAACUCUGAUUGGUCAGAUUGGCUCAUCUGUCAAACCUACUGCAUUUGAACCAAGCACAAAAAACUUUAUUUCUUUCAUUUGUCUACUUGAACUGGCAACUUUCUGUCUGUCCGUCUCUCAUCCCUCCUCUCUCUCUAUAUCUCUCUCUCUUGCUUUCCAUCUUUCUCUCUCUCUCCCUCUCUCUAUCUUUCUCUCCUUCUCUCCAUCUAUAGUUAGACCUGCUGAUGGGAAGA